CUACUUUACCUCCAAGCAGAAUUGGUGCAUCUCGAACAAAAGCUUCAUCGUCUUGAAGCUACUGAUAGUACAUCCUCCGAGGGACAUCGAGCUAGAUAUUCCAAGGAUUGGUAUUGGCUUGAUAAUCCUUCCGAUGGAGACGCGGACGAGGCAGUUCUGCAGCAAUCGGCUAUAAGUCGACUAGCGAACCCAGAGAAGCAUGAUCUUAGAGCAUUACAAGAUUGGCUCGAAAGAGAAGCAUUUGGAAACCUCGCCUUGAUCGGAGCAGAUCGAGAGACGUGGGGUAGAACUGAUCAACCAUUCGACUCUCACGAUUUGUUUACUUUGAAUUCCGGUGGAUGCGAAGAUAAGUUUUCCAGAUGGUUCAGUCGGAAAUUCAUUGCUUGGUUUCACUACACUUUUCGACAUCGCCGUUCUAAAUCCGGUGGUGAUCUUGAGUCCGGCAUCAACUACUAUUCGAGCAACGUCGCAGCGAAGUAUACAUCGUUUGUCACGAACGUCGUUGCAUCCUUACUUCCUAUCUUGGCGACGGUCGUACUUUACUUUGCGUCUUCGAUGAAGCUUCGUCUCGGUCUUACGGUUCUUUUCACUCUGAUGUUUACCUCUUGU